AUCCCAUGUAACACGCUCACGUCUGCCUUUUCCUGGCACACGCCCGGCACCCAGGCCAUGGGAUGCCCAUGGACCACGGUGGGCAGUGGCCUGGGUGGCAGGGCUCUGGGACGUGCGGCUGAGUCCAGAAUUGCAUGGCUCUGAGCUCAGACGACGGACCAGCAGGCGGAAGCGCGGUCCUUCCUCAGCGAGGAAAUGAUUGCGGAGUUCAAGGCCGCCUUCGACAUGUUUGACGCGGAUGGCGGCGGGGACAUCAGCACCAAGGAGCUGGGCACCGUCAUGCGCAUGCUGGGGCAGACUCCCACCAAGGAGGAGCUGGAUGCCAUCAUUGAGGAGGUGGAUGAAGAUGGCAGCGGCACCAUCGACUUCGAAGAGUUCCUGGUCAUGAUGGUGCGCCAGAUGAAGGAGGAUGCCAAGGGCAAGUCGGAGGAGGAGCUGGCAGAGUGCUUCCGCGUCUUCGACAGGAACACGGACGGGUACAUCGAUGCCGAGGAGCUGGCCGAGAUCUUCCGAUCCUCUGGCGAGUCCGUGACUGAGGAGGAGAUUGAGGAGCUCAUGAAAGAUGGGGACAAAAACAAUGACGGACGCAUCGACUUUGAUGAGUUCCUGAAGAUGAUGGAAGGUGUGCAGUAAAGGAUGGACAUUCCUGCGAGCCAGACCCUGCUUCCAGCCCUGCUCCAUCACCGCACAGCAAAGCCAAGCCCACUCUGGGAGCAGCCUCCAGCCAGAGCACCUGGUCUCCCCUGCCCCGCGAAGCGCUCGCUUUGUACAGUUCACUGCUCCCCGAGACCAGCUCCCUUGUGGCCGUGCCCCGGGGCUGGUGGGCUGUGGACUCACCUCUCACAUGGCUGGAAAGAGCCUUUCCCCCAUCUGUAAACGCUGUGUAUAGUACUGAAGCCUCAUUAAAAGGGUCAAAGGUUUGAACCUGCUGGAGCCUGGAUUCUAGCUGGUUCUGAUAUGGGGAGUGGAGUGGGCAG